UAAUUGAAGUGUUAUUCUUGUGUUUCGUGUGUCUUCCAUUCGUAACAUUUGUCUUGAGAAACCAUAACUAUAAAAAUAGGUGAAGUUUCAAUUCCUUUCUUUUGUGUCACCUUUGGAUGAUUUUAUGGAAAGCAUUUGCAAUUUUUAAUUGAGGCCUGAAUCAACAUGAACAAUGGUAGAAACAAGAAUGAUCAAGAAUCAAGUGAGAGAGGUUUGUUUUCACAUAUUAUAGGGUAUCCAGCAGCACCACCCUAUCCUCCUCCACCUGGAUCUUAUUCCUCCUAUCCACCAACAGGAUAUCCACCUCCAGGAGGGUAUCCCCCAACAGCUUAUCCACCACCUGCAUAUCCACCUCAUGGAGGAUAUCCAACUUCAGGUUAUUACCCUUCAGGAGGGUACCCUUCACAAUAUCCACCACAUGCAGGUGGAGGAGGGUAUCCACCUUCUGGUUAUCCUCAUUCAGGUUAUCAUCAACCAGCUUAUCCUGCUCCACAUGGCUAUCCACCUUCAGGGCGUGGUGCCGGUAUAGGAGGAUUGUUCGCAGGGGCCGCGGCUGCAUAUGGUGCUCACCAUCUAUUACAUGGAAAUCAUCAUCAUGGUUAUGGACAUGGAGGUUUCUAUGGUCAUCAUGGUAAGUAUAAGCAUGGAAAAUUCGGCAAGCGUUGGAAGCAUGGUAGGUUCGGUUUCGGAAAGUUUAAGCAUGGAAAAUUCGGCAAGCGAUGGAAGUAAUACAGGGGCCAUGAUAUUGAAUAUGAAACUCUAACUCUGAGCAUGAUCAUGAUUCAUGAAGACUGAAUUGUGAGAUGAAUAAUGUAUGCUAUUAGCAACAUAGUAUUGAGUUUAAGAUUUGAUGUUUGCAAUGAACACAUUUUGUCUAUUUGUGAUUACUAUCUUUUGUGCAAAUGUGUGUGGAUGAUGUGUGUAUAUAUAUGAAAUCCCUCAACUUUGAUUA